AUACAUAUACACAUAGGUAUCUUCAUAAUAUAUAUAUAGUGUCACAAGCUUGAAACCAAUAUUAAUUAAGCUAUCUUUUGGAAAAGCAAUGGCUUCACAUCCCUCAGACCUUCAUUUUGUCUUGUUUCCUCUAAUGACCCAAGGCCAUAUGAUACCCAUAGUCGAUAUAGCACGACUACUAGCCCAACGUGGUUGCACGGUUACAAUAAUCACGACUCCUGUUAAUGCCAACCGUUUCAAACCGGUUAUUGCUCGUGCAAAAGAUGAUGACAAGCUCAAGAUUCAACUUCUUGAGCUCACAUUACCUUCUUCCAAAGUUGGUUUACCUGAAGGAUGUGAAAAUUUCGACAUGAUUCCAUCAGCACUACUUUUUAUCAAAUUAUUUGAAGCUGCAGGAAUGCUCAAGGAACCCGCAGAAAAGAUGCUCAACGGGCUAAAUCCAGCUCCAAGUUGCAUCAUUUCUGAUAAUCUGUUGCCUUGGACAGGCGAGUUAGCUCGAAAGCUUAAUAUCCCAAGGCUUACAUUCCAUGGACCGGGGUGUUUUACGUACCUAUGCAUACAUAUUGCACUGAACACUAAUGUAUUAGAUGAAAUCGUCGUCGUCUCUGAUUCGGAGUACUUUGUGUUCCCUGGCAUUCCUGACCAUAUUGAACUAACCAAAGUGCAGGCUAUGUGUUGGGGGACUAGAGACACGAAGGAAACCGGGGGUUUCUUUGAAACUGUGAGAAAAGCGGAGGAAGAUGCUGAUGGGAUUGUGGUUAACAGUUUUAAGGAGUUGGAGCCUUACUAUGUUGAAGAGUUUGCAAAGGUGAAAAGCAAAAACGUAUGGUGCAUUGGCCCGGUUUCACUAUGCAACAAAAGUUUCUCAGAUAAAGCGGAUAGAGGAUCCAAGGCAUCAAUUGACCAACAAGAUUGCAUAAAAUGGUUGGACUCAAGGGAAGAACCAAGUUCUGUAAUAUUUGUUUGCUUAGGAAGUCUAGCUCGUACUUCCACCGUACAAAACAUUGAGGUCGGUUUGGGAUUAGAGUCAUCAAAAGCAUCCUUUAUAUGGUGCAUAAGGCAAACAACUGAGGAACUAGAGAAAUGGUUCUUAGAAGAAGGGUAUGAAGAAAGGGUGAAAGAUAGAGGGCUUAUAGUCCGCGGAUGGGCACCACAAGUUUUGAUUUUGUCACACCAUGCCGUUAGUGGUUUCAUAACACAUUGUGGAUGGAACUCGACUCUGGAAGGGGUAACUGCGGGAGUUCCUAUGGUUACAUGGCCACACUUUGCAGACCAAUUUAUAAAUGAAAGAUUUAUAGUAGACAUUUUGAAAAUUGGAGUGAAAAUCGGUGUAGAGGCACCUGUUCUCGUUGGAGAGCAAGAUAAGUUGGGCACUAUCGUGACAAAAGAAAAUGUCGAGAUCGCAGUGGAAUGUAUAAUGAGCAAAGAAGAGGAAGGAGAAGCAAGAAGAAAGAGAGCUACAGAGCUUGCGGAAAUGGCAAAAAGAGCGAUGGAGGAAGGGGGCUCGUCUCACCUCGGUUUGACAUCAAUGAUUCAAGACACUAUAGGAUUAUUAUGCAAAGACUCUGCAACCGUUCAAGAUAACAUCGUGCAAGAAUUGUAACUUGUUUCGAUUUUUAGUAACAUAUGUACUAUACUCGUAACCCAUAGAAUACGACGUUGAGGGUUACUUACUUUAGAUUUUAUAUAUACCAUAUAUUUUUAUCA